AUGUUACUAAACAACUAUGAUUACGAGGACGAAACUCUUCAAAUCACCACUUCUGAGAUCGACCGACAAUUUUGGGAUUAUUUUGAUGGUGCUACUACCGCCAGUACUAAUAUAACGGAGACUGUGUUGAGGGAUCAGGGGCCAGUUUUGGUGAUUUAUGGGAUCCUGUUGGCUGUGGGGGGAGUGGGGAAUGUGGCUGUGCUGGUCAGCCUCGCCAGAUCGAGGAGGAGGAAGUCUCGAGUGGAUCUGAUGAUGACACAUCUGGCGCUUGCUGAUGUCUGCGUUACUUGUGGCGUUAUUCCUUUGGAGGUGAGUGACCGUGUUUGA